GGGAGAGGGAGCCCUGACGGCCCCGGGGCGCACCUGUCCCCCUGCCGGGGAUUGACCCCCAGCCUCGCCCCGCCCCGGGGCGCCGGAACCCCGCCAACGCCGCCGGGUGCCGCGGGGGCUGCAUGUUUCCUACCCGCGGUGUGCGUGACCGGAGAUUUCUCGGCUUGGGCGGAGAGACAUAAACCACCAACGCCCCCCCCCCCCGGCCAGCAGCGACCUGGCGGGGGGCAGAGGGAGCCGGGGGGAGAACGUGUAGCGGCCGAGGCGCCUGCCGGAAAGGGAGAAGAUGCCAUUCCACCAUGUAACGGCUGGCCUGUUAUACAAGGGGAACUACCUGAAUCGAUCGCUCUCUGCUGGCAGUGACAGUGAACAGCUAGCCAAUAUCUCUGUGGAGGAAUUGGAUGAAAUCCGUGAAGCCUUUCGGGUGCUGGACAGGGACGGGAAUGGCUUUAUCUCCAAGCAGGAGCUGGGCAUGGCUAUGCGUUCUUUGGGAUACAUGCCUAGUGAGGUGGAAUUGGCAAUUAUCAUGCAGCGCCUUGAUAUGGAUGGGGAUGGCCAGGUUGAUUUUGAUGAAUUUAUGACCAUUCUUGGACCUAAGCUGGUAUCUUCAGAAGGGAGAGAUGGUUUUCUUGGAAAUACAAUAGACAGCAUAUUCUGGCAGUUUGACAUGCAAAGGAUAACGCUGGAAGAGCUCAAACAUAUUCUGUAUCAUGCAUUCCAGGACCAUUUAACAAUGAAGGACAUUGAAAACAUCAUCAUCAACGAGGAGGAGAGUUUAAAUGAAAACUCUGGCAACUGCCAACCAGAGUUUGAAGUUCACUCCCAGAAACAGAACAGACAGACCUGUGUACGGAAGAGCCUUAUAUGUGCAUUUGCCAUGGCCUUUAUUAUAAGCGUCAUGUUGAUUGCAGCCAACCAGAUCCUCCGGAGCGGCAUGGAAUAGCCUUUCACCAUAACAC